GCCUUUUGCAUAACGUGCGCCGCCUUUGGCUGUCACGUUCCUCAAACGCUGCGCCAGCAUUUAUGGCGAGGAAGGUAAAGAGAUACGGAAGAGCAAGCGUAUCUCCUCAGAGAUCUAGUCAGAGACGGUUGAUUAAAAAAUCUCCCAAGAUUCAGAUCGGCCAAGACUCAGGUCGGGCAAACGUAUCUCCUCAGAGAUCUGGUCAGAUGGUGACACGUUUUAUUUGGUCGCUACAUGAAGGCCAGCUCGUCCAAGGUCAAAAAUUGGCACUGCCUAUUCGGCCAUCUCAAAUCGUUCUGCAGCAAGUUGAUCUGUUUCUUUUCACAAUCCAUCCUAGCCCGUCACGGUAUCCAAAUUUAUUAGCUCGAUUACAUGCGUGGCAGCUCAUGAAAAAUCUUAGACGUAAUCAAGUCUUAGAUCGUUCUGGGGGAGAGGCCGCUCCUUCUCGGCUCGUCAUUAUGACUGACCGACAGCAUCAUCCGGUCGCUUCAGUAUCUUUGGUAGUAGUCAUGGAUCAGGCCCGCACUAAUAUGGUUAUAGAUGCUUUCAGCUCGCCUGCACACUCUCAGCCUCGUGAGCUCGCCCCUUUUCGUACAACCCUUAGCUCGGCCGUCAUCCAGCCCAAGCUAAAGGGGGCACCGUACCAGCAUGCUCAAGUGACCAGCACCACGUGGUCCAAUGUGAUGCUCACACGGACAGGUGCAGGUCAGCACUUGGGGGUUAUAAAUACCCCCCAACUACCUCCUAUGAAGAGUGUUUUCCCCGAGGAAACAACCUCGGGAUUUUCAGGUAUAGGAGCAGCUAAGGACUUCAACAAUGUUGGAUUGCGAAGCUGCCCAAACACUUUCAAGAGAAGCAUAAGUGAUCAUUGCCCUAUUAGUCUUAGCUCAAGCAAUGCCAAUUGGGGGCCUAGACCAUUUAAGUCGAUUGACAGUUGGACUUCACAUCAUGAAUUUGGUAAAAUGAUACAAAGUUUGUGGAACUCCUUCCAAGUUGAGGGAUAUUGGGGUUUCAAAUGUAAAGAAAAGCUAAAGGCUCUCCGAAUGCACCUGAAGCAAUGGAACAAGGAUGUGUUUGGUAAUAUUGAUAGCCAACUAGAUGAAGCCUUAAAGAAUAUUGAGGCUAUUGACAUCAAAUGUGAAGGCGAGGAUAUUACAAAGGAUGAUAUGCUCAAAAGGAAGGAGGGAAUUGAAAACCUUUGGCAAUGUUUAAAGAAAAAAGAAAGUUUGUGGAGGCAAAAGUCUAGAGCUAGUUGGAUUAAAGAUGAGGAUGCAAACUCUCGUUUCUUUCAUAGAAUAACAAAUGGGAGAAGGCAGAGAAAUAUGAUUCAUGGUGUUGAUGACAAAGGAACCUAGAUUGAUGAUCCUGAUCAGGUUAAGUUAAUCAUCUUGGACCACUUUAAAAAUCAAUUUUCCUCCCAACCUCAAAAUCGAUCAUCUUUGGAGCAUAUGUUCUUUAACCGCUUAUCUAGAAAGGACAGAGAAAUGUUGGAGGCUGAGUUUACUAAUGAGGAAAUCCAAGAAGUAGUCUUCUCUUGUGCAAGUGACAAAGCCCUUGGACCUGACGGUUUCAACUUCCACUUUAUAAAGUCUGUAUAGAGCA